CCAAUGAGCAGCAGUCACAGUGCAUUUAUUUGUUCUCUCUCUGUUGACUGUAUCAUUCCCUCUGCUGUCAGACUGACUGGGCUUUUUCACCUGGGACGAGAAAGAACAGAAGCUGCAACAUGGGCAAUUUUAUCAGACGUUGCCUUGGAUACGAUGUUGAUCAGACGGAGGCAACAAAAUCUGCACAGACACAUCAAGAGGAAGAGGAGGAAAUAUUGCUCCAAGACAGAUCUGCUCUGAACCAAAAAGAGGAAGAACUGAAAUCACUCAAAGACAGAAUGACUGAGAUGGAAAGAUUAAACCAAGAGAAACUUCAUGAGGCAAGAUCUGCUCUGAAACAAAAAGAGGAAGAACUGAAAUCAGUCAGAAUCAGCAUGACUGAGAUGGAAACAUUUUACAAAGAGAAACUUCAGGAGGCAAGAUCUGCUCUGAAACAAAAAGAGGAAGAAUUGAAAUCAUUCAAAGACAGAAUGACUGAGAUGGAAACAUUUUACAAAGAGAAACUUCAGGAGGCAAGAUCUGCUCUGAAACAAAAAGAGGAAGAACUGAAAUCAUUCAGAGACAGAAUGGCAACUGAACUGGCUGUUUCAGUCACAGGAGACACAAAGAAUAUCCCAGUUAGUAAAACGCCGGCUGAGAUCAAAACAUUUUAUGAAGAGAAACUUCAUGAGGCAAGAUCUGCUCUGAAACGAAAAGAUGAAGAACUGAAAUCAGUCAAAAACAGUAAAAGACUUAAGAAUGAAGAAGGUGUGAAAUCCAGCUUUCGGCGGUGUGAACAACAUGAAUGUGAACACAAAGAAAGCAUGACUGAGAUGGAAACAUUUUACAAAGAGAAACUUCAGGAGGCAAGAUCUGCUCUGAAACAAAAAGAGGAAGAACUGAAAUCAUUCAGAGACAGAAUGGCAACUGAACUGGCUGUUUCAGUCACAGGAGACACAAAGAAUAUCCCAGUUAGUAAAACGCCGGCUGAGAUCAAAACAUUUUAUGAAGAGAAACUUCAUGAGGCAAGAUCUGCUCUGAAACGAAAAGAUGAAGAACUGAAAUCAGUCAAAAACAGUAAAAGACUUAAGAAUGAAGAAGGUGUGAAAUCCAGCUUUCGGCGGUGUGAACAACAUGAAUGUGAACACAAAGAAAGCAUGACUGAGAUGGAAACAUUUUACAAAGAGAAACUUCAGGAGGCAAGAUCUGCUCUGAAACAAAAAGAGGAAGAACUGAAAUCAUUCAGAGACAGAAUGGCAACUGAACUGGCUGUUUCAGUCACAGGAGACACAAAGAAUAUCCCAGUUAGUAAAACGCCGGCUGAGAUCAAAACAUUUUAUGAAGAGAAACUUCAUGAGGCAAGAUCUGCUCUAAAACAGAAAGAUGAAGAACUGAAAUCAGUCAAAGACAGGCUUAGGAAUGAAGAAACCAUGAAACCCAGCUGCCGACGGUGUGAACAACAUGAACGUGAACACAAAGAAAGAAUGACUGAGAUGGAAACAUUUUACAAAGAGAAACUUCAGGAGGCAAGAUCUGCUCUGAAACAAAAAGAGGAAGAGGUGAAAUCAUUCAAAGACAGAGUUGCACCUGACUUGGCUCUUUCAAUAAAGACAGGAGACACUGAGAGCAUGAACAAUCCAGUCAGUAAAACCAAACUGACAGAGAUGUAUAACAAACUGAAACUGCUGCAGUGGCCUAAAAUCAAAGAUCAUCUGAAAUCUAAUGCUGUGAACAGAGAGUUUACCAGAGAUCUGACUCAGAAAAUGUUUAGAGAUGCAGCAGAAGAAAUGGAGAGAAAGAAGAAGCAGAUAGAUGAAGUGUUUGGACUGAUUGAGAACAGCAGUGGACUAACACCUCAGAAGGUCAAAGAGUUCAGACAGUUAACAAUUCACAGUCUUCAGAUGAAUCUGUACCACAGCAGGAAAGAAGAUCUUCUUCAGAGUCCUUUCCUUGAUGAUGAAGCUCAGUACUCCCAGGAUGUGAUGGUGAACUUCAGACUUCUGGCCUCUGAAUGCUACUGGUUGGGUUGUUUGAUGGCUUUAAACAAUCCUCCUCUUCAGCCGGACUGGGAGAAUCACAGUCCUGGGCUGGACACCUGGGACAUUUUCCCACGAAGUCUGUUUAGGUCACAAUGAGGAAACAAAUUCAGCGAUGAAGAGAAUAUCAGUUUCAUUUUAGUGUCAGUGUUUUUCAAGCAUCAUGAAUUACAACCUCUUAUUAUCCAGCCAUUGAAGGUUUACAUUGACAUCUUGAAAUGUGUCUCAUAUCUAAGACAGCAUUUUUGACAUACAACUAAAAUUCUAGCAGAUCAUUGAUAAACAUGGUGAUCAGAAAUAUAAAAGUCCCUGUAUUACUGAUUAUAUGUAGUGAUUGCAUACUAUAUAAUUAUCUCCAAAUUUUGUUUCCUCACAGUGUGACGUCAGAUAAAUUUCCUUUGGAUUUCUGUUUGUCACACUAUCACUAUGUGAAUCAAUAAAUUCAGUAAGAAUAGACUUUUUUGUCACUGUACAGGGGUACAACAAAAUUAUGAAAACACAGUCACUAGCUGCUGUGUCUGUGCAUGGCACCAAUAAGCUCCAGAUAGUAGUCAUUCCCAGUGAUGCUUACUGAAUUACUUUUGCAUCUGGAGAGGCAGCUGUUUGUGGUCAUGUUGAUGUCGUACUAUGGUGACAUCCACUGUUGUCUGUGGGGGAUUUGUUUAUUUUGAUUUAACUUCAUUCAUUUUCAAUUAAGAUGCUCAUUAACAACAUAUAGCCCAUCAGUGAGUAAACUGAUAUGCAGUCAGUAUCCCUGUUAUGAGACCUGGUUUGAUCAGAUUUGAAACAGUGUUGCUAAAACACACAGUGCACAGUGAAUAAUUAUACCACAAUAGGCCUAUUUCCAUCUAUCCAUUAUCUGUACUGCUUAUCCUUAAAAGCCAAUCCUAGCUGACAGUGGGUGAGAGGUGGGAUACACCCUGGACAGAUUUCCAACAGGCCUGCAAAAAGUGUAACCUGGAUCUCAGCUUUUUUCAAUGGCCUUGAGUAAUAUUUUGUAAGGUCCUACAGUAUUUUGUAUAAUAUCUGAGGGUGAAUACCACUCUUUAAUAAGGCACAUGUCUACAUGUUGUAAAUUAUUGGAUAUUGAUUAUUAACUAGUUUAUUGACAGUGAAUAAUCUUAAUCAACUGCAGAUAAGCACUCAUUAAAAACUACUUUUCGGUGGCUAAGUUGCACAGGAAAAAACAAUAAGAAUGCUGUGAAAAGCUCCAUGCAGGGAUGCCUCUCUGUAACCAUCUUAGAGAGCGUUCAGCCAUGACUGAGGAGGGUGUAGCCUGACAGUUUAUUUCAAGAAUUCAAAUGGAUGUAAAAAAAAAAAAGUGAACAUAUUCUUGACACAAAAAGAACCCAAAUGAAUAACUUGUCUGACUCAAAUACCUACAUUCAGAAUACUAAGAAUAGAGUUGUUUCAGUAUUUUAUUUGCAUUUGAAUAUUUGACAGGAUGUUGAUAUUUCUUUUUUUUUCAUUUAUCAGCUUCAAACAAACAACCAGAAUAAAUCUGACGCUGGUCUGAUUUACAGUCACUGUCUGCACUCGUCAGAACUAAAAUCUCCUCAUUAUCUGAUUUAACUUAUGUUCCUCAUCUACCAACACCAAAACAUCUCAUCUCCAUUUCAGACAAUUUCCACUCUGUUUCUAUAUUUAUACAUUAUACAACAUGUUGGAUAUUAGAUUGUUGUUCAUUAGUCAUGCAGAUUUAAAGA